AUGUGUUCUUUAAUAAAACCAUUUCUUUAUGUGCAAAAUACCAAAGGUAUUGUGGGCGUUUUUUCUAGAUUAUGUUGCUCAAGUGCCGGAAUUCCCCAAUACGAAACUUUGGCGGUCUCCGUACCGAAAAAGUAUGUUUUUCACGUUGAACUAAACCGGCCUACGAAACUCAAUACAUUUACUCCAACAAUGUGGAGUGAGCUCUCCGCUUGUUUUACAACUCUAAGUGAUAAUCCAGAAUGCAGGGUUGUCAUAUUGUCUGGACAAGGGAAACAUUUUACUGGAGGCAUUGACCUGAAUGCUUUUGUGGAAAGUGCAAGCGUGGCACAUGAAUUAAGUGAUGUUGCAAGGAAAGCGAGGUUCUUACAUAAAAUGAUAGUGCAAUACCAGAAUGGCAUCACAGCCCUAGAGAACUGUGUUAAGCCUGUACUGGCGGUUGUGCACAAUGCAUGUGUUGGAGCGGGCGUUGAUUUAAUUACAGCUGCCGACAUCAGAUACUGCACUGAGGGGGCGUGGUUCCAAGUGAAGGAGGUGGAUGUGGGGCUUGCCGCCGACGUGGGCACUUUGCAACGGCUGCCCAAGGUGAUUGGAAGCGCAUCCAUUGCUCGGGAGCUGUGCUUCACCGCUAGGAAGCUGCCAUCGAAGGAGGCGUUGGAAAUCGGCCUCGUCAGCAAAGUUUAUCCAGACAGAGAUAGUGCGAUCGAGCAAGUAUUGGAAGUGGCCCAGACUAUAGCAUCGAAGAGUCCAGUGGCCGUGCAGGUGACGAAGCAGUCUCUGGUCUACUCCCAGAGUAGACCGACCAACGAGGGCUUGGAGCAUAUCGCUUUAUUAAAUCAAACGAUGCUGCAGAGCGACGAUCUAACAAAGGCCGCCAUGGCUCAAGCAACGAAAUCGGAGCCCGAAUUCGACGAUUUA